UGCAGAAAUUAAUGGAAGUGGACCUAAGGUUAAUUCAAAACAAGAUAUGUCACCCGGUAGAAGAGAUCAGAUGCCGUACAGUUAACAGCUUGCUUUAUAAAUUGGACCAGAAACUUGUCGAUCCUGCAUCAUUGGUGAAUGAAGAUCAACUUUUUAGAGCACUUUUAAAGUCACUUGACUUUGGUGGUACUUCAGUUCAUCAGGUUCUGCACAUUUUGGACGUCCUAUCAAAUGAAAAGCAGGGUACAGCAGCUCUUGGUAGUUUGGGUGGUAUAAGUUCACUCAACAGUUACAAGACCAGCACUAGCGAACCGAGUGACCUUGCUGAUAAGAUAAUUGAUAAAAUCUUGUCACACCCUGUUGAGGAGAUUGAAGAUAGAGGAAGUGAAACUUCUUCACCAAGAACAACCUUAACAACCAUAAGUUCUGUGCAAGACGAAUCCUGCAAUGAUACUACUGAAAAUGAUACUUGUGCCAGUACUCUUGAGGUUACUGGUAACCAUGAUGUGACCAAAGCUUCGUCUGAUAACAUUGUUUUUCCUGUUGUCAAACUCAAUGAAAACGACUCUCAUAUCCUUAAGAAUAUUGAAGACCGGUUGCUGGAUGACUCACUUUUUAUCCAAUCUUGUGAUUUCUUCAAAGAUGUCCUCCUCCACGACUACCCUACAGAGACAUUUCUUCAGAACACAGGAAUAGUGUUGAGCAUACUAAAACAGCUCCGGGACUCAAACACCCUGUGUCCCUCUCUGACUAAAGAACAACACGCUGUUGCUGCUCUUACACGAAUGUUUGAGUGUUUGGAGGUAAGGAUAUCUCUCUUAACCCAAUGUUGGAUCAGCAUUCCAAAGUGGAGCAAAUCAGAAACCGAACUGAACGCAGCACCUCAUCCCAUCGACAAGCCCGUCCUAUCUUUACCCAAGUUACUCUUUAUCUCGUUGAAGUGUGUUUUGCCAGUCUAUAAAAGAUGUGACGACGAACUGUCAGUUAAGCUUCUCACAGCUCUGUUGAUGAAAAUCUCUAAAUUUCUUAGCACCCUCAACACAGCACCCUUUACGUUCAAUGUCAACACGAGUCAACUACAGCACACUUUCGGUCUUCUUGGGGAGAGUGUCAGAUCAGUGUACAGGAAGUGGAGUAAAACCUCAGUUAUCUCGACCCUUUCUCCAACCCUCUUAGCUUCAUUGAUUUCCUUCGCUCUUUCAUUCUUCGACCAUUUCAUACCCGCAGAAAAAUACUCAGAUUUCUUGCCGACGACGCUGCUUGAUGUUUUUAGGGAUCUUUACUUAAACCAAACUUUCUGUUUGUGUCAUCAAGCGCCAUACCAACAGAUAGAGAAAAUAUUGGAAGUUACUAUGCCAGAGUUGGUGGAACAGAGAAACAGAGUAAACAUGAUGCUUGAAAUGAUAAGUGUAGCCACGGGAAGGACCCCUAUCGCAGCUCCACAACAAAUACAACAGCUAUAUGACGGUUUAGAGGGAUGUGUUCACUUCAAAGAUGACAAUCUCAUACAACAAGUGGUACAAUGUUUGUUGGACAACAUGGCAAUGGAACUGGAGACUUGCACUAACAGUCUGGUGUGGCUUAUGAGCAAUAAAACUGUUAAUAAAACUGUUUACACCUUUCUAAGCGAUUGCACUCGAAAAAGAUUUAUCUUCUUGCAUUCAGAUGUGUUGUGGGAACUAUCAGUACACGGCCUCACUUCCUCCCCCGACGUCCAAAUGCCCGCAACUCGCCUCCUUACCAACCUCCUCACCAUGGUCACAAACGAAGCUCCCACUACCCAGCACAAGUUCUACCGUGCACUCCAAAACUCUCUCAUCUUCGUCAUAUCAGUGCUAGUGCACGUGCCCGAGAUGCGCGAAACAGUGCACAGUUACUUGAGUGAUAACGCGCGGUUUAUGACUGAGGUGGAGACGGUUAAGAUCUGGGUUGCCAUGUUGUUCAGUAGAUGUGAACUGGUUCGGAAGUGGCCGGUGGUAAACCUUGCUAAGUGGGCCGCUUCUCAGGGUGUUGGAUUAAAGCUGAGUGAGUCAUGUCUGGUUGUAUCAGAGAGCAACAAAACUGUUUUGUCGGUAUCAAUGACUGCUGGAAAUUUGGACGUAGAUUCGAUUGAGAAACUAAAGCUAAUAUCAUUUAACACAACGCUAUCUGAAGAUCUGAGAGUUUCGGCUUUACAACAGCUUGCAGUGUUGCUAUCAGAUGCUUCAGUGCACGGCAGUUUCGCGACUUUACCUGCCACUCUUAUUGGGAUGCUGUGUGAAAUAAAUGUAAAGAAUGGGAUGGUGUUACCGAUAGUACGAUGUUUACGACACCUUGUUCACCACAACCCGGCUACACGUGAGACUCUAGCUGCUAAUACUGAACUCUACGCUUCCUUACUCAGGAUCAUAGGUUUACGCGAGGCAGUAGAGUCAGGCUAUGAGCCAGAGAGGGAGGUUACAGCGGAGGUUGGAACUAUUCUACUUUUGCUAGUCACUCACCAGUUCUCCUCUCCUCACUUCUGGAGUAACAGAAGCUACUACGAUCUAUACAACGUGAUCCUACCCGAGAGCGUGCCACUAUCUCUCCACCUUCCCACCCACCUCACCACCCUCUCCCCAGUACGACCCCUUCCACCUCCUGUGGUACCCACAGUCUGGUUACCCUGGUUACAGGCUCACUAUCACGUGUCCUGUAUAGGGGGUGUUAGCAGGUUUCUGGAGAGACAGUCUGAGAUUCCUGGGGUUGAGGGAGUGCGGAGUGUUCUCAAGGUAGCAUACAUUCCCGCCCAACUCCCGGACUCCUCCCACUCGUAUCUGGAGAUAGUAUCUGCCCUGUGUUCCCUGUCUGGGGAUGAUAUCUUGUCAGGGCUGGUACAGGAUGAGAUCAGGAAGAGAUGUCAUGAUACUCCUGACGUUCUCCCACUCCUCAAGUUUUACAAGUCCUCUCUACCCGCUAAUAUCACAGGAUACUUUUUAAGUAAACUGGAAGAGACGACGGAAGCAGCAGACUCAUUGCAGACGACACGACAGCUAGUGGAGCUGUACUGUGAACACAGACCUCUACAGGAGCAGUGUGCUGGGAGACUGUUUGGACCUCUACUCAGACUCUUUAAAUCAGUGCAAGACAAGAUGGCUCUUUCUCAAUUCAUUGCUAAAUGUCUGCCCAUUGCUUCACGCAGGUUAGAGGUGUCAUUGAAGGAACGAAAAGAUGUCAUGAAGACGCUGACAAAACAGAUAGACGCUCUAUCGCACGGUAGAGGCGACUGUGACUCGUAUAUGGGAGCUCACAUUCUCAGAUACUUGUUUUGCUGCCUGAUAAACGUGAAUACACCUGAAAGUACCAAUGUUAAGAUACGGUGGAUUAUUCCCUGGAUCACUGACAAAGACCCUGUGAUAAGAAGCGUGGCAUUCUCUCUAGAUUUCCAGAAACCAGACUCACCUCUCACAACUGAAUCUGGUGUAGUUCUCGCAAUAAGUGCUUUUAAUGAUAACUCUGAAGUGUACUCAGUUCGUCACCAAGCUCUCUCUUUCAUUCACCGUAUAAUAAGUGCUGUGUCAGCUAACUCUGACGAACAAACCAUGGCGCUGUGCGUGUUAGCACUCAAGCGCAUGGCACUUUACGACAGCUGCACUGCAUUUGUGAAGGAGCUUAACCAGCUAGUCCUGUACAAGUAUGAGGAAAUUGACAUCACGCAGUCACAAAUGAUAACGUCCUAUUUUGAAGAAUUCUCUGAGAAGGAGAAACCCUGGAAAUCUACCUACGUGGGUUUGUUUAGUAUCCUAGAUGGAGUUUUGCAAGUGAAUCUGACCUUGGGAAAGUGUGCAGUGGUGGCUGUAAAAAACAAUGCGGAACUUCUGGGACCACUGUAUCCGAUGUUCAACGUUGAUACGCUGAAAUGUAUCCUGAUGUUCGACGUCACCUCACUUGAAGUAUAUGUUUCUUGUUUUUGCAAGCUGCUGAUUCUAUCUGAUUCCACUCUAUGUGACAUUGAUUUUCUUCUCGAUGUAAUCCGGGUUUUGGAGUUGGACAUUGAGAUAGAACUUAUUAUUUACUUGAAGUCUCACUGCCUGCAUUUUAUAAAACAGCUGAUAAAUGAAGGAGCUUUGGAUGAUCACUGGAAUAAACUUCUUCCCUCCAUCGCUAAAUUCCUUGCAUACCAACCCCUGCAACAAGAAUGUCUACAAAUUCUCAGUUGUACGCUAACUCACAAAAACAAAGCUGAAUUUGCAUCUCUUCUACAGAAAAACCCAGAACUUUCAAACAGUCUUUGCGAGGUUAUAUUCGACAUUUUCUCGAAGUUUAAGAUAACCUCGCUCGAGCAGUACGACAUGCUCGUAUUCAGCGUCACUGGAAUGUUAUGUCAACAGGUGGAAUGUUGCAGGAACAAAGCAGUAACUCAUGGUAUAGUGGAGAUAUGUUACGAUUACAUGUUGUUGUUGAAACAGCACAUGGGUGCUCUGGCUGUGGCUUCGGGUAAAGAAAAUCGUGGAGGAAACACCAGGGUUACGAAAACAAAAGCCGGCAAGGUAGUCGACAUGGAGGACAAAAACCUGCUCAAAUCACUGAGUUGUGUGAUGUUCUGUCUUUCUUGCUGUAUUGACGGUAAUAUUACCGCAGCUAGACGAUUAGCUGAUCUAGAUGUAAUCGCUACACUUGAUCAAAUGUGGGUUCACUAUUGCAACAAUAUUGUUGUUCUGAACUAUGUGGUUAAACUUCUCAGUUUGAUGGCUAAGGCAAUGCCAGCUUCUGUGAAAGUCAUGAUAAACAACAAAAGCCUGCUGUCUCACAUUCUAGAUGCCGCCUUGAAGAGUGUCCGCUUCUCAAAGCAUCCCAUCACACCUCUGAAAGAUGUUCUCUUUGAUUUCCUCUGUGUUAUAUCUUCAAGUGGUGAUGCUGUUUGUCAGAUCUGGAAAUCUGGGUUCAUGUCGAAUUUUCCGAAGCUGGAAAAACAAAAAUCAGAGCCUGAAAAAGUGGGAUUGUGGUUGAAAUUGAUUACCCACGGCACGUACACAGCUUUCGGUCAAAAGAUGGUGCUCACCAUUCCUAACAUACUUGACAUUCUCCUGGAGUCACCACAUAAGUACAAUGUGUUGAUCCUCAUCAGAAAUCUUGUCUUCAACGUCAAAUCGCAUCCGAAACUUUUGACGCACAGCUCUUUGAUAGACUUUGUGUUGUCGUGCAUUUCAAUUGACAAGCCAAAACAAACUGUUCUAGCUCUUCAGGUGAUUUUAUAUUUCAUAAAGUUAUCCUCUAAAGCCAAAUCGAUAUUUCAAAAUAAAGGUGCUGGUCAAGUUUUGGGAAAGUUAGAGCUCCAGUUAAAGAAUAAUCCCAAUCAAGAUAUGUUGGCAGAUCUAGAGGAACUUUUGUUGGUUUAUAUGUAAAUUUGAUCAGUUACUCAGAGGGCACAGGUUGUAAUUUAUUGUAUAAAUGUUGAUGGAAUAUUUAAAUUUGAUAUUAUGA